ACCGCAUUUGGAUGGACAAAACCCUCUUUCUCUCUCUUACCCUAAAACCCAAAACUCUUUUUGCUUCUCUCUUUGUGUGUCUCCUGGCGGCUGAAGCUAGGCUGAAAGUGUAAUUGGCACCCUUUGUUGCCUCUCUCUCUUCUAUCCCCCUAAAACACACAACUGAGUUUUUGGGUUGUUAUUUAGAGUUUAGAGAGUGGAUCUGGUGAUGGCGGCCACAGUUGCUACCCCUGCAGACCAAACAUCAGAGCUGUUGCAGAAAUUGUCUUUAGACUCGCAAGUAAAGCCCUUGGAUAUUCCUGAGCCUACCAAGAAGCCUUCUGUUUAUCAAUAUGGAUCUGUUGAUUCAGGCAACACAGGAAAUACCCAAAUUCCAUCUUUUGAGCGAUCUGCAACACCUUUGCUACCAGAUUUUAUGGAUCCAACUGUGUGCUAUCUUCCUAGUGGUUAUCCAUCAGCCUUUUACUAUGGUGGCUUUGAUGGCACUGGUAAUGAGUGGGAUGAAUAUUCACGAUAUGUGAACCCAGAGGGAGUUGAUAUGACUUCAGGAGUUUAUGGGGACAAUGGAUCUCUUAUGUAUCAUCAUGGUUAUGGCUAUGCACCGUAUGGACCAUAUUCACCAGCAGGUACCCCGGUUCCAACUGUGGGAAAUGAUGGUCAGCUGUAUGGGCCACAGCACUACCAGUAUCCUCCCUACUUCCAGCCGCUGACUCCAACCAGUGGCCCGUUCACUCCAAACCCUUCUGCCCCAUCCCAAUUGGAGCUUUCGACCUCUGCUGUUGCCGAUCAAAAGCCAUUGCCUGUUGAAACAACUAAUCCUAAUUCCAAUGGAGUUGCUAAUGGGGUCACUGUGAAGGGAAAUAAUGGUUCAGCUGCAAUAAAGCCACCAUACCAGAGCUCAUUUAAUUCUAAUAAUUCUUAUGGAAGGGGAGCUCCACUAGGAGGUAUUCCUUCCUCCGGAUAUCAGGAUCCAAGAUAUGGAUUUGAUGGGUUUCGGUCUCCUAUCCCAUGGCUUGAUGGUUCUAUGUUCUCAGAUGGGCAACACAGGCCUGUGACUAGCACUGGCAUAAACUCUUCAUUUUCAAAAACAAAUAACUUUCCAUCUUCAAGGAAUCAAAAUUUCCGCUCAAACUCCCAUUACAUGGGACUCUGCCAUCCUGGGCCAAUGUCUGGCAUUGGUACAGCUCAUGGGUUUAUUAAUAGGAUGAACCCAAACAAACUAUAUGGCCAGGACGGAAACUCAUUCAGAUCUGGAAUGGGCUUUGGAUCUAAUGCUUAUUAUGACUUGCAAACAAAUGGAAGGGGCUGGUUGGCUACUGACAGCAAGUAUAAACCAAGGGGACGAGGCAAUGGUUACUUUGGUUCUGGCAAUGAUAACAUGGAUGGUCUUAAUGAACUGAACAGGGGACCUAGGGCUAAGUGGCCUAAGAACCAGAAGGGUACAACACUUAUCACAACAGCUAUCAAGGGGCAAACUAUUCCCACAGAUGGAGCUAAUGCUGAGGAGAAGGAAAAGGCACAUGUUGUUCCAGACCGCAAACAGUAUAACCGAGAAGAAUUCCCUGUGGAUUAUGCUGAUGCCAAGUUCUUUGUUAUUAAAUCAUACAGUGAAGAUGAUGUCCAUAAAAGCAUUAAAUACAAUGUUUGGGCUAGCACACCAAGUGGUAACAAAAAGCUUGAUACAGCUUACUAUGAGGCUCAGCAGAAGUCUGGUGGCUGCCCUGUAUAUCUUUUCUUCUCGGUCAAUACAAGUGGGCAAUUUGUUGGCCUUGCUGAGAUGGUAGGGCAUGUUGAUUUUCAGAAGAAUGUGGAGUACUGGCAACAGGACAAGUGGACUGGCUGUUUCACAGUAAAGUGGCACAUUAUUAAGGAUGUACCUAACAAUUCUUUGAAGCACAUUACACUAGAGAACAAUGAGAAUAAACCUGUCACGAACAGCAGGGAUACACAAGAGAUCAAAUUUGAGCAAGGACUUAAGUUGAUCAAAAUCUUCAAGGAGCAUUCCAGCAAAAGUUGCAUUUUGGAUGAUUUUGAAUUUUAUGAGGUUCGCCAGAAGGCAAUUCAGGAGAAAAAGGCUAAACAGCAGUUACAAAAGCAGGUAGGGGAAGGAAAGCCUGUAGAUGAGAAGAAAGAUGUAGUAAAUGGUUCACAAAAGUGUAUGGAAGUUGUAUCGGAUUUGAUCAAGGAACCUAGUUCAACUGCUCAUUCCAAUGGGGAUCUAAAGCUUUCAGAGAAUGGUUCGGUUACAAAAUCUGGAGAUGCCACGAAGGGUGCAAAGCCAGUUAUUGUGUCAGAGAAGAGGAUUUUAUCAAAUGGGAUUGCAAACGGUUGCUAACUUGUGCCAGCAUCCCCUUGCGGCGGUUUGUGGUCUUGUAGAAUACGAUGAUGAGUUUUCACUGAAAUUUUGCUGUUAUAGAACAGAUUACAGAACCAUGGACCGUCGAAGUGGGUCAUCCGUACUGUCUUGGCUGAUAAUAUGAAGUGAAUAAUUUAUGGCGUUAGGGUUUGUCAGAAUCAAGAAGGCAGGUUCUGUAGUUGGUAGCUUCUGUUGUCAGGUUUCUCUUUAGGAGGUUGGGUUUAGGGUUUUAAUAUCAGUGGCUUUUCCAUUGUCGUUUCUUUAUUUUAUUUUUUUUUCCAACCUUUUUUGCCCCUUUCUAUCCUAUUAUAUGUUUUUACAUGCUUGUCAAUUUCCCUCCGCAAAAAUCUAGAACAACUUGGUGCGGAGCAACUUUGCUUUGUACUUUUUUUUACUUUUUACUUUUCACUUUUCAUUUUAAUUUGUUUGUCAUUUUUGCAUGAUGCUAGCAGUAAGUGUCAUGAAGAUUUAAUAAUUAUUAUGCGUGAAAAUAAUUAGAAA